GGAGGAGCCAUGGCUGAGGAACGAGGCGUGCCCCAGGGGGUCAUCUCUCAGUACGGGAUCUCUCCUCGAGAACGAGUAACUUCGAACAGCCUGAUGCACGCUUCGGGUCGAAUCGAUUUCCUGGGGGAGACCGAAUCUCUUUCCUGGACCCCCAUUCUGGAUUUCCAAGAUUCAAAGGGCCACCAAAAAGCCGAAGAAACGAAUCACCAGGUAGAUCGAACACGUCCAGGGAAAAUCGCCACCUCCUUUUCGGUACGUGCUCACACCAUCUAUAAAGAUACGGAUACACAUUACGAUUACUGGAAGGGUGUUAUAGAGAAUUGA